AUGCUACGAUUAACAAGGAAUCCUGCUUUGCGCAGAAAUGUGUGUCGCAACCUAGCGGUGCGGUCAACUACAGCGUUAAAGUCUGCAUCUUUGUUGAGCGCUCCAGUUAGGUGCUCAACACCAAGAACUACCAAUUACGGUGCGUUUCAAUUGAACACCAAACGGUUCAUUACUCUGAACGCAAAUAAUGCAGAUCAAAGACCAGCUUUGGAACAAUUUGGAACAAAUUUGACUCAAUUAGCGCAAGAGGGUAAACUCGAUCCGGUCAUCGGCCGCGAUGAAGAAAUUGCAAGAUCCAUUCAGAUUUUAUCAAGACGGACCAAGAACAAUCCCGUUCUAAUAGGUCGUGCAGGUGUGGGUAAAACGGCGCUGAUAGACGGUCUGGCACAGCGGAUAGUCAGCGGGCAAGUACCGGACUCUUUGAAGAACAAAAAACUGGUAGCGUUAGACUUGGGAGCACUUGUGGCGGGUGCUAAGUAUCGUGGAGAAUUUGAAGAAAGACUCAAAAACGUCUUGGAAGAAAUCGAUAAGGCCAAUGGUGAAGUUAUUGUUUUCAUUGAUGAAGUGCAUAUGCUGUUGGGACUAGGUAAAACCGACGGGAGCAUGGAUGCAUCGAAUAUCCUGAAGCCAAGGCUGGCUAGGGGACUGAGAUGCAUAUCUGCUACAACAAUCGAUGAGUUCAAAAUCAUAGAAAAAGAUCCGGCCCUGACUCGAAGGCUGCAACCCAUCAUGCUCACCGAACCAAACGUCCCUGAUUCGAUCUCGAUUUUGAGAGGUUUGAAGGAAAGAUACGAGGUUCAUCACGGUGUCCGGAUCACAGACGCCGCUCUCGUUUCCGCCGCGACGCUUUCGAACCGCUACAUCAACGAUCGUUUUCUACCCGACAAGGCCAUCGAUCUCGUGGACGAAGCUUGUGCAGUGUUGCGUUUACAACAUGAAUCAAAGCCCGAUGUCAUUCAAACUCUAGAUCGUGCAAUCACUCGAAUUCAAAUCGAACUCGAAUCAUUGAAAAAGGAAACAGAUCCAUUGUCCAUCGAGAGAAAAACCGCUUUAGAGGAAGAGCUAGAAACCAAGCAAGCGGAGCAUUCAAGACUCACUGAAGUUUGGGAAAAAGAGAAAGCUGAAAUUGAUUCUAUCAAAACCGCUAAGGCAGAUUUGGAACAAGCUAGAAUCGAUUUGGAAAUUGCACAAAGAGAAAACAACUUUGCCAAAGCAUCAGAAUUGAGGUAUGCGAAAAUACCUGAGCUUGAGCAAAAGGUAGCACAUACUCAGGAGAAGGAUGCAGAAAAGAAUUUGUCACAUGACUCCGUCACUUCUGAUGACAUUUCCAUAGUGAUUGCCAGAAUGACCGGUAUUCCUGUACAGACUGUUCUCCAGGGGGAUAAGGAUCGUCUGCUAUACAUGGAAAACUCAUUGAAAGUUAGAGUUGUAGGCCAAGACGAGGCUAUUGAUGCUAUUUCAGAUGCUGUUAGACUUCAGAGAGCCGGUCUCACCAGCGAGAAAAGACCUAUUGCAAGUUUCAUGUUCUUGGGUCCAACUGGUACCGGUAAGACUGAAUUGACGAAAGCUCUUGCCGAGUUUUUGUUUGACAACGAAUCAAAUGUAAUAAGAUUCGACAUGUCCGAGUUUCAAGAGAAGCACACGGUCUCCCGUUUGAUCGGAGCUCCUCCCGGUUAUGUCAUGAGUGAAUCGGGUGGACAACUUACGGAGGCAGUAAGACGCAAACCUUACGCCGUGGUGUUAUUCGAUGAGUUUGAGAAAGCACAUCCUGACGUUUCCAAGGUCUUGCUCCAAGUGUUGGACGAAGGAAAAUUAACGGAUUCGCAAGGACACCAGGUGGAUUUCCGUAACACUAUGAUUGUCAUGACCUCCAAUAUCGGUCAAGAUAUCUUGUUAUCAGAUACCAAUGUCGGAAAUGACGGCAAGGUAAGUGAAGCGGUUCAAACUAAAGUCAUUGACGCCAUGAAGAGUUCUUAUCCACCGGAGUUUAUCAAUAGAAUCGAUGACAUUUUGGUGUUCAAUCGCUUGUCGAAGAAGGUUCUACGCUCUAUUGUGGACAUCAGACUCAACGAGAUUCAGGAUAGGAUCGCUGACAAGCGCAUGAAGCUCGACCUUACUGACGCUGCAAAGGAAUGGCUGACCGAAAAUGGUUACGAUCAACUAUAUGGUGCAAGACCGCUAAACAGGUUGAUACACAAGAAGAUUUUGAACCCUAUGGCUAUGUUCAUGCUCAGAGGUCAAGUGAGACCCGACGAAACAGUCCAUGUCGAUGUUGUUGAUGGCGAGCUGCAUGUAAGAGCUAAUCAUGAGCAAGGUGAGGCCAUUGCUUCAGAGGAAGAAAACUGA